GCCAUCAAGAUCACUUUCUUCUCCUUUCAUCCAAAACCUCGUUAUGGAUCAAGUUAUGGCUGCUAUUAUCAGAAAUCGGUCAUUUGAGGCUUCAAUUCUCCAACCCAUUUGGACUGUAGAAACAGUUACUCAAGUCUUAAGAUCAAUCCCCAGAUUCCUCUUCCAAUCCCCAAGAUCCAUCGGCCGACAAAAUGGGUUUCGCUACCGUACCCCAUUAAAGCAGAGAAACCUAAAACAAGAGUUCCAUAACGCUCAGAAGGGAGUACUCAUUCUUGGCCCAGCUGCUCAUAGAGAUCCUCAAAAGGUACAAUUAGGAUUAGAGAAAGCAUUGGAAUUUUUCUAUUGGGUUGAGACCCAUUGUGGGUUUACUCACAAUGAGCUCACUUGCAGAGAGAUGUCUCUUGUUCUUGCCAAAGGGUCUUGUAAUUCGAAGCUUCUUUGGGAAUUUCUCAAAAGAAUGUCGAGAAGAGGGCUUUUGACGACACCGACUGUUACGUGUUUGAUAAAAUGCCUAGGAGAAGAAGGGUUGGUAAAUGAAGCAUUGACUACUUUCUACAGAAUGAAGCAAUUUCACUGUAAGCCUGAUGUUUAUGCUUACAACACUCUCAUAUUUGCUCUUUGUAGAGUUGGGAAUUUCAAAAAAGCUAAGUUCUUGAUGGAGCAAAUGGAGUUGCCUGGUUUUAGGUGUCCACCUGAUGUCUUUACUUACACAAUUUUGAUUAGCUCUUAUUGUAGAUAUGGUAUGGAAACCGGCUGUAGAAAAGCUAUUAGACGGAGAAUGUGGGAGGCGAAUCACUUGUUUCGCGUCAUGCUAUUCAAAGGAUUUGUUCCUGAUGUAGUAACUUAUAAUAGUUUGAUCAAUGGAUGCUGCAAAACUAAUAGGAUAGAGAGAGCAUUGGAGUUGUUGGAUGAUAUGGUGAAAAGAGGGGUUGUGCCUAAUCGAAUUACGUAUAAUUCUUUCAUUAGGUAUUAUAGUGUUACAAAUGAGAUUGAUAAGGCUAUUGAAAUGCUGAGAAGAAUGCAAGGAAUGAAUCAUGGAGUAGUACUACCAUGUAACAGUUCGUAUACACCGAUAAUUCAUGCUAUGUGUGAAACGGGUAGGGUGGUGGAGGCACGAGAUCUUCUUGUCGAAUUGGCUGAACAAGGUUCGAUUCCAAGAGAAUAUACUUAUAAACUAGUUCGUGAUGCUUUAGAAUCUUCUGGGAAGAUUGAUUUGCUUGAUGAAGAAUUGUGUACAAGAUUAGAAGAUGGUAUUAAAGGUAGGAUUAGACAAGUGAUGAAAGUAAAACCUUUGUUGCAGCAUCGAAAUGUUUCAUAGCAUUGAAUUUUAUACUUUUUAUCUAUAUUGCUCAGACUCUUCAAAAAUGUCGACGGGUGCAUGUCGGAUUCUCCAAAAGUAGUGUAUUUUUGGAGAAUCUGACAUGGAUGCAGUAUCGAAAGUGAAGAGUCUGCACAACUUAGCUUUUUAUGGAUUUUGAUCUUAUUAAAACACAAGGGAUUUAAC